AUGGGCAAUGAUGGAGGUACAAUCGCCAAAAGGCAGGAUCUUUUUUCGUUGCACAAACCAAAACAAAAGGAAGCUCUUGAGGAUGAGCAAGUGAAUGUAUGUGCUAUUUCGUAUAUGCCACUAUCUGACCCGGUUGUAGGCGAUUAUAAAGGGUUUCUUUAUCGUAAAGAUAAACUUAUAGAAUACAUUUUGGCUUCGAAAAAGCUGUCAGAAAACCAAAAAAAGGAGCUCAAGCACAUCAGAUCCCUAAAAGAUGUCGUAGAUAUCAAAGUGACCUGGAAAAAUCACCAAAUAGUGUGUCCAGUGACAGAAACGGUUCGAACCAAAAAGAUACAAUUUGCAUAUUUGCGGCCAUGUGGCUGUCUAAUGGCUUAUAAACUACUCGAGAAGAUACGUGGCCAAUUCCGGGACCUGGAUCUUGAAAAUAGACCAAACAGCAGUUGUCCUAAUUGCGGUCGUAGCUUCCAUUUCGAUCACGACGUGGUGAAACUAGGAGAAAGCGACGAAGAAAAUCAUCAAUAUGUAACCAAAGUGCUCAAGGAGUAUCAUUCAGGAAAGAAGAGACUCAAAGAAAAAACCAAAACAAAAUCCACAGAAUCCACCGCAGAAUCCACUUUAGAAACAACUUCAGUAGCACCAAAAAAGUCAUCCACAGAUCCUUCAAACCCAUCGAAACGCUCGCUAUCCGAUACACCUACAGCAAAACGGACAAAAGUGUGA